CGCACAGCUUGACAUCGACAUGAAUGCCAAGAGUCAGCCUGUCCAUCACCGCGGGAUUCAUUUCUAGAUUUCUCUCUUUGCGAGACAGGUCACUUACUUGCUGAUCCCGUCUCCUUUUCGCGUGAAAGCUUGGUUUCCGUCCUUGGAGAAGCACCCGCCUAUUUGCUUCGUCCAUUCCCCGUCGCAAGGGCAUGCCGCAGAUCGAUGGGAGGAGCUCCUCUUUGCGCAACACAUCGACUUGAAUCGUCAUUGACACCAUGGGCCGCCCGGUAGUGGAGGGCCAGCCGGACGCUGGGUUGAGGAGUUUAGAUCAUUAUCGAAAUCAACUCCCUCCUUGGCGAUACUGGCCCCGACAAAAGCUUCUCCCGUUGAUACGAUAUGAGACCCCUUACCUGGCUUGGUGCCAGGAGAAGAUCCGUACCCCGGCAUUGGAUUCGUAUUUCGCAUUCACAGCGAAUCUCGGAACUCAUACAUUCUUUAUGGUCUUUCUGCCGAUCUUCUUUUGGAGCGGCUAUCCAAGCUUAGGCCGGGGAAUGGUCCAUUUACUGGCUUCCGGCGUGUUCUUCAGCGGCUUCAUUAAAGACCUUCUCUGUCUCCCACGGCCGCUGUCUCCUCCUUUACAGCGAAUCACAAUGUCUGGCUCCGCGGCGCUGGAAUAUGGGUUUCCUUCGACUCACUCAACCAACGCCGUAUCGGUCGCGGUAUACGCUCUUUAUUUGUUGAACUCGCCCGACUCGACUUUGAGUGACGGCCUAAACUUCUUCCUCCAAGGCAUUACGUAUCUCUAUGUUACAUCGAUCGUCUUAGGCCGUCUGUACUGCGGUAUGCACGGAUUCUUUGACGUUGUCGUUGGGUCGGCGUUGGGUGUUCUACUGGCUGUUUUACAUUGCACUUUCGAGACCGCUAUAGAUCACUACGUCCAGGUUGGUAGCGGAAAGCAGGUCGCACUCGUGGUUCUUGUCAUCUUGGCCCUUGUCCGCAUCCAUCCUGAACCCGCAGACGAUUGUCCAUGUUUUGAUGACAGUGUUGCUUUUGCGGGUGUAAUGAUCGGUGCACAGGUGGCAUACUGGAAUCUGGCGCGAGCGAAUGCGACCUGGACCAACCCGCAUCCAGCAACUCUUCCCCAUUCAAGGGAAACCAUGAAGCCCACCCUGUUACGCAUUCUCCCGCCUGUAUUCCGCGGGUUGGAGAAGCUCGGAUUGGUCCUACCUCGCCGCUAUUUUACAAACGCCUCGCAAUAUACAACCGUCCCCUCUCAGCUAAAGGACCACGAAGUCAUGCCCAGCUUCUCCGAUAUCCCCUCCAUCGUGGACAAUAUCCGCCAUCCGAGGCGCCGCGCAAUUUCAAUUGGCCCGCAAUCAGAAGCCGACGCCUACGAGACUCUCGCAUACCGUGAGAAGCGCAGGCGCGACAGUCUCUCUAGCCCAUACCGAGGGUCUCCGGCAAUAGAUGCCAACAACGAUGACGCCUCGACUUCUGGUACAGCCUAUCCGAAGCUAUCAAGGAAGCCGUCCAAGCUGGACGAGUAUGAGCACAUGAUGGGGAGGGGUACGACCGCUAUCGACAGAUCUCAGUCUCCGGAAGGCACUGAGCCAUUCCCUGAGUUCGUCGACCAUGAGCGCGACGAAGAAGAGCUAUUUGCGCAGAUAAAACGUCCUCGUGUACGAUACGAUGUUGAAGUUGUCACGAAACUGGUUGUAUAUUCAGGAAUCGCUUGGAUUGUCAUUGAUGGCGCUAAUGUGUUGUUUGAAUGGAUCGGACUGAUGUCGAGUUGAGCAGCACGACGAAUUCACGACAAUAAGGUCAGAAGGCGCAGGCUUGCCAACUGUCAUGUACAUACCUUGGUUCUUGCUCCCGAUUUAUGAUAGAUUGUGAUUGGCCAAAUA